AUGGCUGAAAUCCAUUUUCUUCCCAAUAUGUCUGGUAAAAAGAUCACUAUCGGCUUUGAGGACGGCCCGGAUGCUACUCGUUAUCCCCUUUGGGAAUGGACCGUCAUUGAAAAGUUAAGCGAACUUCCAAUCCCCAUCACACCAGAGGAGUCGGCCGUUGGCAUGGGUCCAGCUUUCACCGAGGGAAAGUAUCAUUGUCGCGACGGGAAAGAGACGGCCUUCAUGCGCAUCUACAAACAGAUUCCUCUUGAUGGUACCCGACUUGAGGAUUCAGAUGUGCGGAAACCCCAGGCCGGUCCACCAGGUGAUCAUGUGGAAUUGGAAGCCUUGAAACUUCUCACAGAGAAAGAAUGCUCUGUCACUCCUCGGCUGCUUGGAUAUCGCAUUGGCUAA